GCGAUGUUCUGGGGCCUGCUACACAUAUCACAUAAACCAUUCAGCACCCCCUACACCUCCACGUAACGAUAUGUCCGCCAUAGUCAUAACAACAGCAUCAUACCCAUCUGAAAGGACUCCCCUUCUUCGCUCUGGCUCAUAUUCGUCAGACUCCGACAGCCCCAAUGAACCUGUUCGUUCAGCACCAUUGAAAGAUUCCAUAUCUUUAAGUCGUUUUGUUGUUGUUUGUAUUGGUAUAUGGUCUGCCAAUUUUGUUUUUGCCUUUCAAAGUACCGCAAUACCUACCCUGGCACCGGAAAUUGGAAGCUGGUUCGAACAUGGCGAGUUAUCAGCAUAUCUGGGGAGUAUGUUCACUCUCUCAAAUACUGCGGUGAUCCCUCUCUAUGGAGUCCUCAUUGAAACUCUAGGCCGUAAAUUCGCCAUGGUCACGGCUUGUCUUUUUUUCGGCACUGGUACUAUCAUGUGUGCAUUGGCGGGGAACAUGUAUUCUCUCAUUGGCGCUCGCACCUUCGCAGGGCUAGGGGGCGGAGGACUCUUGACGGUCUCUAGCGUAAUCGUUACGGACCUGGUACCACUUCGAGACAGAGGGUAUUAUCAAGGUCUUAUGAUGACCAUCUUUGGAUCUGGUAGCAUGCUAGGAGGACCUGUGGCUGGGUGGCUGACCGAUAGGUUUGGGUGGCAUUGGUCCUUCUGGAUUCAGCUGCCUGUUGUUGUCUUUUGCGGGGUGAUUGUUUCGGUCUUCCUACCAACACCUCCUAUUCCUCCAACGCACAAGUCUCUUCUUUCCGGUUUAGCAUCCCUCGACUGGCUGGGUACGGCCUUCCUUAUUGGCUCAGUCACAACCCUUAUUUUCGGGUUCUCUUUUCACACAUCGUACCUUGAACCCUGGUCUUCCCCGAUGGUAUGGGGAACGCUGCUAGCUAGUGUUCUGAGUGCGGCAGCUUUUGUACUGGUUGAGAUGAAGGUGAAGCAUCCGCUUGUACCUCUUAGAGUCUUCAAAUCAAAUCAUAUCUCAGCAGUGAUGUUGAGCGGAUUUUUUCUAUCUGUGUCCAACCAAGCAUUUAUGUAUCAAAUUCCCGUAUACUUCGCCGUUAUCGUGAACACGUCGACAGCUCAAGCGGGCCUCAUUAUGUCCCUCUGUAGUGGCUUGGGCCUGGCCGUAGGGUCGCUAGUCGCUGGACAAUACAUCCGAAGCGGCUAUCCUUGGAAAUGGGUGGGACCAAUCUCCCUUUUACCUCCUGUUGUGGGCGCAUUAGUAGCAGCCACAUGGAAGCCGAUCCUUCCUUGGUGGUCGUACUAUGUGACCGUUUUCCCUUGCAUUCUGGGUUAUUCGACAUUUCUUUGUGUACAAUUAGUCGCCUUGGUUUCCAGCGUAGAUAGCAAACUUAUGCCGAAAGCCACCGCGCUAUUAUAUACCACUCGUAGCUUGGGUGCUACACUUGGAGUCAGUGUGGGCGGAUCUGUCCAACUUGGCGCACUGGCUUCGCAGCUUAAAGUUUCAUUCGAAGGUUUGGAAGCUCGCGAUCAGAUCAUAAACUCCAUCCUCCAUUCGAAAGCAGCUAUUCGACUUCUUGUCCCAAGGCUGCAAUCACUAGCGCUCUCUGCUUACGCCCGGUCACUUUCGACUGUUUGGAUUUUCAGCGCUGGUAUUGCGGUGUUGACGGUCGUGUCUUCUUUAUUCAUUGAAGCCAAAGAAGUUCACAAAGAAGAGCGACGAGUGAUCAAAGGAACGGGAGGAGGUAUCAGUGAGGGCGGCCCGUUCGCAGAAGGAAUUGGUCCAGCUACAAUAGAAGGGGAAAGACAGUAAAGAUUUGCAUCCGAUGUUUUGAGAAAAUGUUGU